UCGAUCGCCUUGCACAGAAAUUAUAUUUCUCCUCGAUAUUUCUUGGAAUUUUUUAUAUUUUUGAUCUGUGAAUUAUGACUUAUUAGAAAGGAUGGCAUUCUACUAUAUAGAUAUUUAAAGCAUCAGUCUUGGGUUAUCUCUCGUUAUCUCUACUGGUAUUCCGAAACAAUGAAGAUCGUCACUCUAUUAUUUGCCUACGUAGCUUCGCUCAGUUUUGAAAAAGUCUGUGCUAUGAAUACUGACAGUGAAGCUGGUCGUAGCAGAAAUGUUAAUGCCGAGCGUCGCCCCACUACAUCUCCAAAUCCUCAUCCAGAUCUUCCUGCUUGGAAUAAUCAUCGUCAUACCCAUGAUUCUGAAAUUAGAAAUAUUGCUCCUCAUGCUAUCCAUCAACCAAAAGGGAUAAUAUUAAAAAGAGUCGUAAAUGGUGAGAUUUCAAAUUGGCAUUUGCUAAUUGGAAAUCUCGUUCCUGAUGCGAGAAUUGAAAGAUGCAAUGGUCCAUAUGGAUCCGUGAGUGUUGAUCUACCAGAUAGCGAACGUUUAUAUGCAUGUCUCCAACCGGUAAAGUAUCAUAAUGAGACAAAAAACCGAGAGCAUGUUGGUGGUGCUCCAAUAUUCCUAGCUAACGUGGGAAUAGGCAACGUUAAAUACAGAGCCGUUCUUGCACCUAGUGAUAUUAGGUCAAGAGUCAACUCUCAAGGAUAUCCCAGCACUCUGGGCUUGCAAACAAUUGGGCAGGUUCGUUACACAAAGUCCGAUCCCAUUAAUCCGAAUAAUUCAAUUGAUGUUGCUGGAGACUUACAUAAACUUCCUGAAGAAGAGCAAAAUCUCCCAUAAAAUCUAAGAGUAUAGGUUUGCUAGAACAGCUGAAGUCAAAGAAUUGAUCUAACAUGAAUCGAUCUGAAAAUUCGUUGAAAUUGUAUUGAUUGAUUGUUUUUAAAAGGUUUCUUGUACUUAUGCAUAAUAAUAAAACAAUGUGCAUUACAGUUU